UAUUCUACUCUACUCUAAUUAUUCUACAUAUUAUAUUUCUAGAGUUUCCCCCUCAAACUAUCAAUCUCGGUUUAAAGUAAGGAAGCCCGGAUAUGUAACUUUGCUAGCCGGCCUUGCUUCCGCACUCGCAAUACUUCCCCACUGACUCGCGCUCAGUCGUGUCCUGAUAGUCGGCAUUAACAUUCCGUUGAGCUUCCGUACUGUAUGUACCCUGGAACCACCCCGGGCCACUAACAACCACGGAGACGAGAAUCGAAGACCGACCGGCGGAAACUACUGAACUGAACUGAACCCCCAAAUAUAUCUCGGAGCUUCCCCGUCUUUUUUUGCCCACUUCCCCUCCACGCCCGCAGCACGUCAAAGGUUACUGUCACGGUCGUCUGUUCACAUCCCCCAAUCCUCGUGCAAACCGCUAUCAUGGCGAACCUCGACACUCUGGACUUAGUUGUCCUCCUGUCGCUGCUUGCGGCCACCAUUGCCUACUUCACCAAGGGCACCUACUGGGCCGUGGCAAAGGAUCCCUAUGACAAUAUGCUCGCCAACGCCACUGGCGGCGCAAAGUUCGGCAAGACGCGCGACAUUGUUAAGAAGAUGGACGAGAGCAACAAGAACUGCGUCGUUUUCUACGGAUCGCAGACCGGUACCGCUGAGGACUAUGCCGCCAGACUCGCCAAGGAGGGCAAGAGCAGGUUCGGUCUCGAGACCAUGGUUGCCGAUAUUGAGGAAUACGACUACGAAAACAUUGAUACCAUUCCCAGCGACAAGAUCGUGAUGUUCGUUCUUGCCACUUACGGCGAGGGUGAGCCCACAGAUAACGCUGUCGACUUCUACGAGUUCAUCACGGGCGAAGAUACCGCUUUCUCCGAGGGAGCGGAACCCGCACUCGGAAACCUCAAAUACGUCGCAUUUGGCCUCGGAAACAACACCUACGAACACUACAACUCUAUGGUCCGCAAUGUGGACAAGGCCCUCACAAAAUUCGGAGCAGAACGCAUUGGUACCGCUGGCGAGGGUGACGACGGAGCUGGCACUAUGGAGGAAGAUUUCCUGGCUUGGAAGGACCCAAUGUGGACUGCUCUGGCCGAGAAGCUUGGUCUUGAGGAGCGCGAGGCUGUCUACGAGCCAGUCUUCAGCACAACUGAGCGCGAAGGCCUUGCCAAAGAUGCCCCUGAAGUUUACCUGGGCGAGCCGAACAAGAUGCACCUAGAGGGAGCUUCCAGGGGCCCGUACAACGCACACAACCCAUACAUUGCACCAAUCGUCGAAUCAAAGGAAAUCUUCACUGUUAAGGACCGAAACUGCUUGCACAUGGAAAUCGAUAUCAGCGGCUCCAACCUCUCUUACCAGACCGGUGACCAUAUUGCCGUCUGGCCCACCAACGCCGGCAGGGAAGUCGACAGGUUCCUCAAGGUUACUGGUCUCUACGAGAAGCGCGAUACUGUUAUUGCUGUCAAGCCCCUCGAUCCAACUGCCAAGGUUCCCUUCCCAACCCCGACCACCUACGAAGCUGUUGCCCGUUAUCACAUGGAAAUCUGCGCCCCUGUCUCCCGUCAAUACCUCGCAACUCUGGCUGCGUUCGCACCAGAUGAGAAGGCUAAGGCUGAGAUGAGCAAGCUCGGUUCGGACAAGGAAUACUUCUCCAGCAAGGUCUCGUCGCAAUUCCUCAACAUCGCCCAAGUCCUUGAUUCCGUCGCUCCUGGUGCCAUCUGGUCCAAUAUCCCAUUCUCUGCCCUCAUUGAAGGUAUCCACAAGAUCCAGCCCCGCUACUACUCUAUUUCAUCCUCUUCGCUCGUCCAGAAGACUAAGAUCUCCAUCACCGCCGUUGUCGAGUCCAUCCAGCUGCCAUCGCGUCCUGAUGCCCUCAAGGGUGUAACUACCAACUACCUCCUGGCACUCAAGCAGAAGCAGCACGGCGACCCCAACCCGGAUCCCCACGGACUUACCUACGAAAUCACUGGCCCAAGGAACAAAUACGAUGGCAUCCACGUCCCCGUGCACGUGCGCCACUCCAACUUCAAGCUCCCAUCUGACCCGACCAAGCCAAUCAUUAUGAUCGGUCCUGGAACCGGAGUCGCACCCUUCCGCGCCUUCGUCCAGGAGCGUGCUGCGCAAGCUGCCGCCGGAACCCCCGUCGGAAAGACGAUCCUCUUCUUCGGAUGCAGAUCCAAGAAGCAGGACUACCUCUACGAGCAAGAGUGGGCAGAGUACAAGAAAGCCCUCGGCGACAAUUUCGAGCUCAUCACCGCCUUCUCCCGUGACGGCCCCAAAAAGGUCUAUGUCCAGCACCGCCUCCAGGAGAACGCCAAGCUCGUCAACGAGCUCCUUGAGAAGAAAGCCUACUUCUACGUCUGCGGCGACGCCUCGCACAUGGCGCGCGAGGUCAAUGCCGCCUUGGCCACCAUCAUCGCCGAGAACCGCGGCAUCACCGAGCAGAAGGCUGAGGAUGUCGUGAAGUCGAUGAGGAGCGCAAAUCAGUACCAGGAGGACGUCUGGUCAUAGAAUCUUCGCUACAAGCACCUGGACUCGCCUCAUUUCGCGACAAGAGAGUCCGCGGCGUGGCCCUGCCAGCCAGCAAGCCAGCCAGACAACCAGACAGACACCAGUGAUUCAAUACUCGGCGCACAUUUAGACCUUAGACUUACAGACGAAAUGGAACGGAACGAAAGAUACGGAGGCACACAUGAACACAAAAAAAACUAAUCACCCAUCACUCAUCAAUCACACUCAGUACAACAAACCGCCCCCAAUAAACACCAUGAACCAACACGACAACGGCCAACGACGGACGCGAACAUGGGGGACCCACAACAUACACGCACACAUAACUUCACGGAGAACAUGUCGCAUGCAUAUUUUCCUUCUCUCUCUCUCUUUCCUUUUUUCGGAGCAGCGCGGGAUAUAGGGAUAUUUUUCUUCUGUUCUAGCUUGUUUGUUUGGUUGUUGUUGUAGAUCUAUGAAGUUGCAUCUAUUUCACUACUAUUCCUUACGUCUGUGGUGCUGUGGGCGGGCUACUGUGGCUUUGGGCGAGUUGCCGUCGUUGUUUUUUAGAUCGAAAAAUCGAGGUCUAGCUUUUGCGCUGAAGGGGGGUGGUCUGGUGGGAGACGCGAGGUGGUCUGGAGGGUGUGAGAUAUUCCGGGUUUGGGCCGGCCGGGGGGUGAGGACUGCCUGUGAUUGUGAUCUCUAAGACAGAGGGGAGGGUGUAUUUGGGGGCGAGAAAGGGGACAAGCAGGCGUGCAUCGUUUUGGGUAGGGAUGUAUGUUGUUCACACACUCUAGGUAGAUAAUAGGCAAGUCAAACGUAUAUCAAGCCAC